AUGUUUCGUUUCUAUACAAAUUGUCAUUUAUGGCAUCCAACAAUGGACGAAUGGUUAUGGAGUACACGAUGUAUUCCGAAUGAUGAGCUUCAACGUAUCGAUCGUUUUGUAUUUCAACGUGAUGCUAAAUUCGCUCUUGCUGGUCAAUUAUUGAUACGAUAUGUUUUAUUAAAAGCGUAUGACAAAAAGUCUAAAUGUGUGUUUGAUGUUAAGCGUACAGAAAAAGGUCGGCCCUAUGUGGAAGAAUUAGAUGGUAAAUUUGAUUUUAAUUUAUCUCACCAUGGACAACUGGUAACAAUUGGCGCUACUUUUGAUGGAUCAAUUGGUUGUGAUACAACGGAAUAUACUUUACCAUCAAUACCAAAGCAAUCAGUUGAAUACUGGACACGUUUAUUCAAAAAUGAAUUUACGAACAAUGAGCAAAACUUUAUCCUUAAUGAUCAAAAUGAAAGUGUACGGUUUAAAAAUUUUCAUCGUUUAUGGUGUUUAAAAGAAAGUUAUGUGAAAAUGAUUGGACAAGGUAUUGGGUUUGAAUUACUACGAUUAGACUUUAAUAUCAAAUCGUUAUUUGAUGAAACCGAUCAAAAUCAAAUAAUAUCUGAUACACGUCUGAUGAUUGAUAACAGAUUCAAUCAGAAUGUGAGAUUUGAUGAACAAAUUAUUUAUUUAUCUGAUAAUCAACAACAAAUUGUAACUCUAUGUCUUGCACCAACGAAUCCCAUCGAAAAAUUUAUUGAAUUAGAUAUGAGCGAUGUGAUUAAAAGUUCUACACCAAUACGAGACAAUUUUGAUAAACAAUUAUGGGAAAAUCAUACGAAAAAAAAAAGCGGCUUAUCUUAA